AUGGGCGCGCCAAGGCUCCGCGCGCUCGCGGCGGCGCUGGGGCUGCUGCUAUGCGAGGUGCUGGGGCACGCGGCCCCGGCCGAGGGCGGCGGCCUCGAGGCGCUGGGGCCGCCUUCUGGGGUCGGCGCUGAGCACCCGUGUCCCGCUCCGUGCCGCUGCCUCGGGGACCUCCUGGACUGCAGUCGCCAGCGGCUGGCGCACCUUCCCGAGCCGCUUCCGUCCUGGAUCGCUCGGCUGGACUUAAGUCACAACAGAUUGUCUUUCAUCAAGGCAAGUUCCUUGAGCCACCUCCACAGCCUUCGAGAAGUGAAACUGAACAACAAUGAAUUGGAGACCAUUCCAAAUUUAGGACCAGUUACAGCAAAUAUUACACUUCUCUCCUUAGCUGGAAACAAAAUUGUGGAAAUAUUACCUGAACAUCUGAGACAGUUUCGAUCCCUUGAAACUUUGGACCUGAGUGGCAAUAAUAUUUCAGAACUUAAAACUGCACUUCCACCCCUACAACUCAAGCAUCUGUAUAUCAACAGCAACCGAGUCACAUCCAUGGAACCUGGGUAUUUUGACAAUUUGGCCCACACACUCCUGGUAUUGAAGCUGAACAGGAACCGUAUCUCAGCUCUUCCACCCAAGAUGUUUAAACUGCCCCAACUGCAACACCUUGAACUCAACCGAAACAAGAUUAAAAACGUAGAUGGACUCACUUUCCAAGGGCUUGGUGCUCUGAAGUCUCUGAAAAUGCAAAGAAAUGGAGUGACAAGACUUAUGGAUGGAGCUUUCUGGGGGCUGAGCAGCAUGGAAAUCUUGCAGCUGGACCAUAACAACCUAACAGAGAUUACCAAAGGCUGGCUUUACGGCUUGCUCAUGCUGCAGGAACUUCAUCUCAGUCAGAAUGCCAUCAACAGGAUCAGCCCUGACGCCUGGGAGUUCUGCCAGAAACUCAGUGAGCUGGACCUAACGUACAAUCACUUAUCGAGGUUGGAUGAUUCAAGCUUCCUGGGCCUAAGCUUGCUAAAUACAUUGCACAUUGGGAAUAACAGAGUCAGCUACAUUGCUGAUUGUGCCUUCCGGGGGCUUUCCAGCUUGAAGACUUUAGAUCUGAAGAAUAAUGAAAUUUCCUGGACCAUUGAGGACAUGAAUGGUGCUUUCUCUGGGCUUGACAAACUGAGGCGCCUAAUACUCCAGGGAAACCGGAUUCGAUCCAUUACAAAAAAAGCCUUCACUGGUUUGGAUGCAUUAGAACACCUAGACCUGAGUGACAACGCAAUCAUGUCAUUACAAGGCAAUGCUUUUUCACAAAUGAAGAAGCUUCAACAACUGCACUUAAAUACAUCAAGCCUUUUGUGCGAUUGCCAGCUGAAAUGGCUCCCUCAGUGGGUGGCGGAAAACCACUUUCAGAGCUUCGUAAACGCCAGCUGUGCCCACCCUCAGCUGUUGAAGGGAAGAAGUAUUUUUGCUGUUAGUCCAGAUGGCUUUGUGUGUGAUGAUUUUCCUAAACCCCAGAUCACGGUUCAGCCAGAAACGCAGUCGGCAAUAAAAGGUUCCAAUUUGAGUUUUAUCUGCUCGGCUGCCAGCAGCAGCGAUUCCCCAAUGACUUUCGCUUGGAAAAAAGACAAUGAACUACUGCACGAUGCUGAAAUGGAAAAUUAUGCACAUCUCCGGGCCCAGGGUGGCGAGGUGAUGGAGUACACCACCAUUCUUCGGCUCCGUAACGUGGAAUUUACCAGUGAAGGGAAAUACCAAUGUGUCAUCUCCAAUCACUUCGGUUCAUCCUACUCUGUCAAAGCCAAGCUCACAGUAAAUAUGCUUCCUUCGUUCACCAAGACCCCCAUGGACCUCACCAUCCGUGCCGGGGCCAUGGCGCGCUUGGAGUGCGCUGCACUGGGACACCCAGCGCCUCAGAUAGCCUGGCAGAAGGAUGGGGGCACGGACUUCCCGGCCGCGAGGGAGAGACGCAUGCACGUGAUGCCUGAGGAUGAUGUGUUCUUCAUUGUGGACGUGAAGAUAGAGGACAUCGGGGUGUACAGCUGCACCGCUCAAAACAGUGCCGGCAGUAUUUCUGCAAAUGCAACUCUGACUGUCCUCGAGACACCGUCGUUCUUGCGGCCCCUCUUAGAUCGAACUGUGACCAAGGGGGAAACGGCCGUCCUGCAGUGCAUUGCGGGCGGGAGCCCUCCGCCCAGACUGAACUGGACCAAGGAUGACAGCCCCUUGGUGGUCACCGAAAGGCACUUUUUUGCAGCCGGCAACCAGCUACUAAUCAUCGUGGACUCGGACAUCAGCGAUGCCGGGAAGUACACGUGCGAAAUGUCCAACACCCUGGGCACCGAGAGAGGCCACGUGCGCCUCAGCGUGAUCCCCACGCCCACCUGCGACUCCCCUCAGCUGACGGCCUCGGCACUGGACGACGAUGGCUGGGCCACCGUGGGCAUUGUGAUCAUCGCCGUGGUUUGCUGCGUGGUGGGCACCUCUCUCGUGUGGGUGGUCAUCAUCUACCACACACGGCGGCGGAACGAAGACUGCAGCAUCACCAACACAGAUGAGACCAACUUGCCAGCUGAUAUCCCGAGUUAUUUGUCAUCUCAGGGAACACUAGCGGACAGACAGGACGGGUACGUCUCCUCAGAAAAUGGAAGCCACCACCAGUUCGUCACUUCUUCUGGAGGCGGAUUUUUCUUACCACAGCACGAUAGUAAUGGGACAUGCCACGUUGACAACAGCAGUGAAGCCGAUGUGGAAGCUGCCAUAGACCCGUUCCUUUGUCCCUUUUUGGGGCCCUCAGGCCCUGUGUAUUUGAAGGGGAGCAUGUAUGGCUCAGAUCCUUUUGAAGCCUAUCAUACAGGCUGUGGUCCUGACCUGAGAUCAGCUUUAAUGGAGCGCUACGAGCCCAGUUACAUAAAGAAGGAGUGCUACCCAUGCCCUCAGCCUUCAGAGGAAUCCUGUGAGCCAGGCAUCAGUGAUACAGGAUGGCCUUCUCACGCGAAGAAGUCACUCACCCCUUCCUCUUCUCAGCACGAAGGGCCCAGAAUGAACAACUUAUGUCUGAACAAGUCUUCUGCAGAUUUUAGUCCAAGUCCAGAGCCACCGUCGGUUACUUUGAGUAAUUCUUUCAUGGGAACCUUUGGAAAGCCUCUGAGGAGACCUCAGCUGGAUGCCUUUUCGAGCUCUGGGCUGUCAUCGGAUUGUCAGCCAAGAGCCUUUCACUUGAAAGCGCGUUCUUCCCCCAACUUGGAGUGUGAGUCAGAGGAAGAUGGGAAAGAAAGGACAGAUUUGCAGCGAGAAAAUCACACAUGUACCUAUAAACAGACCUUAGGAAGCCACAGGACUUCAAAUUUUCAGUCCUACGACCUGGACACAUAA